CAAGGUUUAUUAGUUUUACACUCCUACUUAAGUUAUAUAGACUAGAGGACCCUCCAUCAUACUGUUCUGCUCAUCAUUCCAACCAUGUUUAGAUUUGUGGGUUGCAGAGUAUUGAGAGCUAAAGCUACCCACAACGGUGUCAAUUGGCUUAGUCCAUUCAAUCCUUCAAGUGGCAGAUCGGUUCAUUCUUUGCCUUUUGCAACAGUAGAAGUUGAAGAGAUAUCUGGUUCUCAGCCUGCUGAAGUACGCAACUUGGUGCAGGGGAAAUGGACAGGAUCUUCAAGUUGGAAUACAAUUCUGGAUCCUUUGAAUGGAGAACCAUUCAUUAAAAUUGCUGAAGUAGAUGAAACUGGAAUUCAGCCAUUUGUAGAGAGCUUGUCCAAGUGCCCCAAGCAUGGACUGCACAAUCCUUUCAAGUUACCAGAGAGGUAUCUUCUAUAUGGAGACAUAUCUGCAAAGGCAGCCCACAUGCUUUCCCUGCCCAAGGUUUCAAAUUUCUUCACUAGGUUAAUACAAAGGGUUGCUCCAAAGAGUUAUCAGCAAGCGCUUGGCGAAGUUCAAGUUACUCAGAAAUUUCUAGAGAAUUUUUCUGGUGAUCAGGUUCGUUUCCUGGCAAGGUCUUUUUCGAUACCCGGAAAUCAUCUCGGACAGCAAAGCCAUGGCUUCCGAUGGCCAUAUGGUCCUGUUGCAAUUAUCACUCCCUUCAAUUUUCCAUUAGAGAUUCCAGUACUUCAGUUGAUGGGUGCACUAUACAUGGGCAACAAGCCCAUUCUAAAAGUUGAUAGCAAGGUGUGCAUUGUUAUGGAGCAAAUGAUGCGACUUCUACAUUACUGUGGGUUGCCAGUGGAAGAUGUAGACUUCAUAAAUUCUGAUGGGAAGACAAUGAACAAAAUAUUACUGGAGGCAAAUCCGAGUAUGACCCUCUUUACUGGUAGCUCAAGAGUUGCAGAUAAGUUGGCUGUUGACUUGAAGGGUCGUAUUAAAUUGGAAGAUGCAGGAUUUGACUGGAAAGUUUUAGGCCCUGAUGUUAAUGAGCAGGUGGAUUAUGUAGCCUGGGUUUGUGACCAGGAUGCAUAUGCGUGCAGUGGUCAGAAGUGCUCUGCACAGUCAAUAUUAUUCAUGCAUGAGAACUGGGCUGGCACUUCACUUCUAUCCAAAAUGAAGGAUCUCGCAGAGAGAAGAAAAUUAGAAGAUCUAACCAUUGGUCCUGUUCUCACUUUUACAACUGAAGCGAUGGUAGGACACAUGAAUAAAUUGCUUCAGAUACCAGGUUCAAAGCUACUUUUUGGAGGCAAACCUUUGGAGAAUCAUUCCAUUCCACCCAUAUAUGGUGCUUUAAAACCAACAGCCAUUUAUGUUCCCAUCGAAGAAAUGUUGAAAGAGAGAAAUUAUGAGCUGGUAACCAGAGAGAUAUUCGGUCCAUUCCAGGUUAUUACGGAGUACAAGAGAGAUCAACUUCCACUGGUUUUGGAUGCUCUGGAGAGGAUGCAUGCACACUUAACUGCUGCUGUGGUUUCCAAUGAUCCUCUUUUUCUGCAGGAAGUAAUUGGGAAAUCAGUAAAUGGGACUACAUAUGCAGGGUUGAGAGCAAGAACAACUGGUGCUCCACAGAACCAUUGGUUUGGACCGGCAGGAGACCCAAGAGGUGCAGGGAUUGGGACGCCAGAAGCAAUAAAACUAGUCUGGUCUUGCCAUAGAGAAAUAAUAUAUGACUUUGGUCCCCUGCCAAAGCAUUGGGAAAUUCCACCAUCGACAUGAGGCUUCCACUGAACAAAAGAAAUAUACAAAAGGGAAAAAAAAAAGAAUUAUGUAGCAUUUGAUCCUUCAACAUAUUGCUUCUACCUCUAGUUUUCAAAUAAAAGGAAGGAAGUUUUGUAGUUA